AUGGCUUCAAUAACGUCGCUCACCCCGACACCGCGGCCUACUGCGCCCAUCCCUCUAAGUGGCAAGGGCGAUGUGACAGACUUCGGCCGCAACCGGAGGGAAUUGAUGGCCUGCUUAGGUCUCGAGGGAUCCAAAGAUGCAUACCGGGCUAUCAUUACUCAUCCGGUGGUUAUCAAGUACACAGAAAUUUUGUACAAUAGUGGUAAGCAAAGGCGUGUGCUCAGAAAGGACUGCUGGAACGCACUCGACCUCAUGCGCGAGCUGUGUCUCCAGACAGAAGCGCAGCGCUUAGCUUUCUAUGGUCCAGACAUAAGCUUCGGAGCCACCAAAUAUGUACCAAGCUUUCACGAAGCAGCGUACAAUUGCAAGCCAGAGUUCAUCGCUUGCGUCUGCUUGUACACUGACGCCAACACGGAGAGCUUGAGCAGCGUCGCGCCAGACCACAGCGACUAUUUCACAGCCUUCGACAAGGCCUUCAUCUCCAACCAAGACCACGUCCUCAGCAAAGACCUUUGGAAUCGCGGCCUCCCACCUGGGCUUUCCGCGUCAGCAUCCUUUGACGAGACCAUCGUCGAUCGCUACAAUAGGAUCCGCUUGGUUUUGGCACAACUUCGUGCCGAGGUUCGUACUGGUGGAGGCGGAAGUCGAUGGCAAGAGUUGUGGAAACUGGUGCCGGCGUGGCGGAGUACCUCAGCUCGUGCCGAACGAGAUUCUGAAACAGACACUGUCGAGGCUCCCAAGAACAAGAACGAGCUCAAUGCCUCAACAAUCCAAUCCAGAUUCAUCCCUUGCACACUCGACAUCAUCAUGAGUGAUGUAAUCAAAGAAGCCAUCGUUCAACCGAUCGAAUCGAUACUGGAUACUACGUUCAGAAAGACCGGCACGGUUGGGCAUCCAAGCAGUGCUCUAGACCUGGCAGAAUGGCGUAACCGGAUUCGGAUCACCCAUCGCUUCGGGGACUUCAAGCUGGAGAUCGAUGAAAUUACGGCCGCAAUCACGUUCGGCCCCGACGAGGAGGUCGCGUGGAGUAUCGUGAUCUACGAUCGGUACUGCACAAUGUCGCAGAAGGAUCUUGAUGAUUUUCUGCAGCAUGAGGAAGUUGUCAGUGUUUUGUUCGGGUGCGUCGUGGCAUUCGAAGAAGAUCCCGUUCUGGAGUAG